AUGUCCAAGAAAAAGCACCUGGUAAACUUGGGUCUCCUACAGGAGGACGAUGACGAGUUCAAGGUGUUCCCUGCAAUAGACCAGGCUGGUUUAGAUGAAGAUGAAGAUGCACAUGUCUGGGAGGAUAACUGGGAUGGUGAUAACAUGGAGCACGACUUCUCCAAUCAGUUACGAGCUGAACUGGAGAAGCAUGGUUAUGAGAGAGACUCGGAACCUUCAGAAGAAAUGCUGAAGUAA